UAAAUAUUUUCUUCUCAUAUAUCCUUAUGCAAGGUUAUCAUUAUAUUAGUGUUACCAGUGAGUCAUUUCAGUUUCAAAUUGAAACCCGAAUAGAUGUAAAGUUAGUGUCUGAAAAACGAGUGUAUAACGAAGAAAAUAAAUAUUGAUAUUACGAAAUUUUACAAUUCCUUUAUUGAAAUAUAUAUAUAUAUAUAUUUGUUAAAACAUGGAAAAAAGUCUUUGCACUUCAAGAGAGAUGGUCGUUGAUAAGUCUGUUCUGUCUAAAAAUAUUUAUACUUCGCGAAAAGGAAUAAAUCGUUUUAAAAAUAUUAAAAAAAGUGAUAAUGUUUUCCCUAAUGUUGGUGACAUUAGGAAUAUAUUUUUCUUUAGGAACAAACGUAUAUCAUCCUGCGUGGGAGACGAUGAUUUUAAUGACAAACUAUCGAAUGAAUUAAUAUUAUUAAUAUUUAAAUGGUUGCCUAAGAAGGAUCUGAUACAGUGUACGAUGGUUUGUAAGAGAUGGCGUGAAAUAACGUACAAUGAAAUAUUAUGGAACAAUUUAGAUUUAUGUCGGAAAACUUUAAACGAAAUUACGUUGCAACAAAUAUUAUCGAAAGGCGUACGAAUUUUAAGGCUUGCACAAGCAAAGAUUAUAACAUCUGUGAUUAAAGAAGCGAAUAAUCAUUUUGAUAACGAUUAUACAUACAAAUUACAAUACUUAGAUAUUUCUAUGGCAAUGAUAUUACCGGAUAAUCUGGCAAAUUUAUUAUCCAAAUGUAAACAUUUAAAAAAAUUAUCUUUGGAAAGUUGUACUUUGAAUGCAGCAUGCUGUAAAGAAUUAAGUUAUUGCACUAAAUUAUCGGUAUUGAAUUUGGGCAUGUGCGAGGGAAUAGAUCUUAAGGGUGUCUUACAUAUACUUAAACUCAGAAGCUUAACCGAACUCAACGUGGCAUGGUGUUCAUUGGAUAAAGAACCUGUUACUAUUUUAUGUAAAAUGCUUCCACCUACUAUUGUUCGCUUUAAUAUUUCCGGAUGUAAAGAAAUAAUAGAUCACAAUGUCGAAGAAUUGGUAAAAUCCUGUCCAGAUAUGAUAGAAUUAGAUUUAAGCGAUUGUACGGUACUUACCGACAAAGCAAUUUCAAAUAUUCUAAAUUUGACGAAAUUAGAACAUUUGUCAUUAAGUCGUUGUUAUAACAUAUCUGCAUUAUCGUAUUUAGAAUUGGAACAUAUGCCGCGUAUAGAGUAUUUGGAUAUAUUUAAUAUGUUACCAAAGUCAUUGCCGAAGAAAUUAAAAAUUAAUAACUUUCUAUAUAGUUCUAUCGCAAGGCCUACUAUAGGAAAUCAAAGUGGGACUAUUUGGGGCCUUCGAGUUAGAAAUUAGUUUUAAUUAAAUGAAAAUUGUAGAAAAUUUUUGAAAGCGAAACGUUUUUAAAAAAAAAAGGACAAUAAAGUUGAAUACAUACACGCAUAUAUAAAUAAUUAUU